UCUCUCUCUCUCUCUCUCUCUCUCUCUCCCCCUCUCUCUCGACCAGAGAGAGAGAGAAAUACAGGCUGAGUUGAGAUUUGUAAUCUUGUGAUGGGUUAGUGGCCAGUGCUCACCUGUCCUGUGCAUGAAGUUGGUAGCCUGGACGGGGCUGUGCUGCAAGCAUGUGGGCAGUGACUGAGCUGCACCACAGUGCGUUCAUGCGUCGCGCAAUGACAGGCAACUUGUAGCAGCUGCGAGCGAUUGCGUGCAAAGACACAAAAUGGGGAUGGCCAGCGAAGAUCUGCUAGUGACACUCCAAAUAUUACCUGGUUUCUUUUCAAACUGUCUCUUCCUGGCGCUGUACGACUCCAUGGUGCUCGUGAAGCGCAUUGUUUCGCUUUUGAGUUGCUCCAGGUCCGCCGGCUCGGGAGAGUGGCGUCGCAUGUUGACGACGGCGGGGCUCCGCUCCAUCUGGAAUAGUUUCUUGCUGGACGCCUACAAAAAGGUCAAACUUGGCUGUGAGGCACCUAACUCCAAAGUUGUGAAGGUGUCGGGUAGUCCUCAGUGGAUCAACAAGGUUCAGACUAUACCUAAUGAGCAACAAGGAGCAAGGGUCCGAAAUCGGGAUGAAUGCCGACUCCUGGAUUUUGAGUCAUCCGAUCGCCCUCUGGUGGUCAACUUUGGCUCAGUCACAUGACCCCCCUUCAUCAGCCACCUGCCAGCUUUCCGGCGGUUGGUGGAAGACUUUAGUGAUGUUGCUGACUUUCUGCUGGUGUACAUUGAUGAGGCUCAUCCAUCUGACGGUUGGGUGGCCCCACCUAUGGGCCCUUGCUCUUUCAAUGUACGGAAGCAUCAGAGUUUAGAAGAAAGGCUGGGAGCGGCACGCAAACUAAUUGAUCACUUUUCUCUGCCACCACAGUGUCAGCUGGUAGCUGACUGUAUGGACAACAAUGCUAAUGUGGCUUACGGUGUGUCCAAUGAACGCGUGUGUAUAGUACAACACAGAAAGGUUAGCUAUCUGGGUGGCAAGGGGCCUUUUUUUUACAAUCUGAAGGAUGUGAGGCAGUGGCUGGAACAAAGCUACGGUAAACGGUAGAAAAACUCCAAGGCAGGUAAAGAAGACCAAAUACAGUAUCCUGCUUUUUUGCUCUUAACAAUAACCUUGGUUUUUCUUUGUGCAUGUGAGACAAGACGAAUACGUAAUUGACUGAAUAAACUUCAAUGUGUAGUUUUACCGAUGACGAAACCCAUUCUAUGCUGCUAACACUUCUGUUGAGUCCUGAAAUUAAAGACUGAGAGAGCAAUUAUAUAUAUAUUUAAUAAUAUAUAUACCAAUAUAUUUGUACUGUAUAUUAAGGAGGUUGUAUGGGUCUUAAAAUGUGUUUUCCAACUAUAUUCUAAAUUAAUAAUUUCACAGAUACUUUUAUGUUACCCUCUUAUCGACGUGACCAUUCUUACUGCAUACGGUACUAUGAAAAAGUGUUUGGCCCCUUCUCAAAAUUGUAUUUGGUUUAUUAUGAUUAUGGUUGUAUUUAGCUAUAGUUUCCCCACUUUGAUGUUUAAGCUCAUCAAACAAAUUUAAAUAUCAGACAAAUCUAACCCAAAUACACCUAAAUAAUGAGAUUAUUUAUUAAGGGUAAUAAAUCUCUUCAGAGCUACCUUGCCCUGUGUGGAAAAAGUAAUUGCUCCUCCAGUUCAAGCAUGAAUUAACUGUAGCUAAUCACAUUUUUGGGAAAGCUGAGUUUGUUUUCAUUGACCACACCCCAGCCUGACAACCUCCAGAGCUGUUCAAUCACGAAAUCACUUAAAUCGAACCUGUCUACCAAAAUGAAGACGGCCAAAAGAUCUCAAAAAGCUGCAACAAAAUACCACGAUCCAAACUAAUUCAACAACAGAUGGUAAAGUAACUGACAUCUUAUCAGUCUGGAAAGGGUUACAAAGCCAUGUCUAAAGCUUUAUGACUCGAGCAAAUCACGGUGAGAGCCAUUAUCCACGAAUGGAGAAAACAUGAAACAGUGGUGAAACUUCCCGGGUGUGACAGGCAUACGAAAAUUACUCUUAAGAGCAUAGCAACGAUUCAUCCACGAGGUCACAAAGGAACCCAGGAAAACAUCUAAUGAAGUGCAGGCCUUCCUUGCCUCAGUUAAGGUCAGUGUUCAUGACUUAACAAUAAGGAUCCAUCCAUGGCAGAGUUCCAAGGGGAAAACCACUGGUGAUCAAAAAGAACAUUAAGCCCUGUCUUACUUUUGCAAAUACAAAACAAAACAAAACAAAACAGAACCCCCCCCCCC